AAUCCAUUCUGAAGAUUCUGCUGACAGACCACAGACAGUUUUACUUGCUCUGGUUCAGCUUUAAUUUACAAACCAAACAGAAUUAAUUUCAUCAGUACUUCAAUCUUUCAGGCCAGUACUGAAGCAAUGCAUCGCUUCAUUUUCAUGAUGCUUUCACUGCUAGUCAUUACUGGGCUGCAGGUCAGCGUUGAGAGCGCAGGAAUACGUUUCGAGCGAAGCAUCGACAGACAUUAUAAAUCAGAGCUGACCGUGCCGAAUGGAGGGGGCUGGGGGUCGUGGGGUCAGAGGGACAUGUGUCCGGCUGGAACGUACGCCGCAGGAUUCAGUCUAAGGGUGGAAGCUCCUGUUGGUCGAGAGGAUGACACUGCACUCAACGGGAUCCGUCUUCACUGCAUUCAUACGCCAAGCUUGUAUCACAGCUCCUCCAAAAUUCAGUCAGAUGUAGGCAGCUGGGGUCAAUGGACAGAUAUCAAAUGGUGUCCUUCUGGAUUCUUGACUGCGUUUCAGCUGAGAGUCGAACGCUCUCAAGGAGAUGGUGACGAUACGGCCGCAAACAACAUCAUGUUCCAAUGCACUCAAGGGACUUUACAGGGUGACGGCACAAACUGGGGCGACUGGGGCUCCUGGAGUCCAACAUGUGGAGGAAAAGGGAUUUGUGGUCUCAAGACACGGAUUGAACCGCCUCAAGGACGAGGAGAUGACACCGCUCUCAAUGACGUGAUCAUGUUCUGCUGUGAUUAAGGUGUUAGAGGACAAGAAGAUCAG